CACCAUUCUUUACGCAAUCUCAACUUCCUCACAUCAGUUAAAAUCUAUACGUCUCCUUUUUCUUCUUCGAAUUAUACUCUUUCUCUAUCUUCAUGUGAACCCAAAACGUUUAUUGUAAUGUACAAUCUUUAAACAACUUGCCUUUACAGGAACAUUUCCAUAUUUUGCUUCUUUUUCUGUUGCAGAUAGAAACAAAGAAAGCUUCAUCUCAACAAUCAUCUCUAUAUAUUUAGUAUUCUUUACUGCUACUACAUGAUUCUUUUGAAUCUGUGAAGUGGGUAUCUAGUCUUUCUCACUUUUGGAUGGAAAAGUUGUGUGUUCUCUUCUUGGUUUCUCUGAUUCAUGGACUGAUAGCCACAGCUGCAAGAACCCAGAAUGAAUCAGAAGCUUGGGGAUAUGUAGAAGUGAGGCCUAAAGCACACAUGUUUUGGUGGCUAUAUAGAAGUCCUUACAGAGUUGAAAUUAGCUCCAAGCCAUGGCCAAUCAUUCUUUGGUUGCAGGGUGGACCAGGAGCAUCAGGCGUUGGUUUAGGGAAUUUUGAAGAGAUUGGGCCCCUGGAUGUUAAUCUGAAGCCAAGAAAUUCAACAUGGCUAAGAAUGGCUGAUCUCCUGUUUGUGGAUAAUCCAGUUGGUACAGGAUUCAGUUUUGUGGAGGAAUCAAAUUUAUUUGUGAAAACUGAUGAAGAGGCAGCAACUGAUUUAACCACAUUGUUGAAGGAAAUUUUUAACAGAAAUGAGAGCCUGCAACAAAGUCCUCUUCAUAUAGUAGCAGAGUCUUAUGGAGGCAAGUUUGCAGUAACUCUUGGAUUAUCAGCUCUAAAAGCUAUAGAAGCAGGCAAAUUGAAGGUUAAACUAGGAGGAGUGAUAUUGGGUGAUACUUGGAUCUCCCCAGAAGAUUUUGUGCUUUCAUGGGGUCCUCUUCUCAAAGAUGUAUCAAGACUAGACAACAAUGGCCUUGAGAUGGCCAACAGUCUAGCGCAGAAGAUUAAGCAGCAAAUCCGCGACGGGCAGUAUGUUUCUGCAACAGAUUCUUGGGCUGUACUUGAGGGAGUAAUCAGCAGAAGCAGCAACUCUGUGGAUUUCUACAAUUUUCUUUUAGAUUCUGGAAUGGACCCAGUUUCUCUAACAGCAAAAUUAUUACAAGGAAUAGCAAUGAAGAGGUACAUCAGAUACCUCAGCACCUUGAGUUCGUCUCCUGGUGGUAAUGGUGAUAUCAAUAGCUUGAUGAAUGGUGUUAUUAAACAAAAGUUGAAGAUUAUCCCAGAGAAUAUCAGCUGGGGUGGACAGUCAGAUGAAGUAUUCAGCAAUCUGGCAGGUGAUUUUAUGAGAGCAAGGAUUGAUGAGGUGGAUGAGCUUCUAGCUAAAGGGGUGAAUGUGACUGUAUAUAGUGGGCAACUUGAUUUGAUAUGUGCAACCAAGGGUACUGAAGCAUGGAUUGAAAAGCUCAAGUGGGAAGGGCUUCCAAGCUUCUUGAAGAUGGAUAGAAGCCCCCUGUACUGUGGUGAUGAUACUACUACUAGAGGAUUUACCAAGUCUUACAAAAACUUCCAUUUUUAUUGGAUUCUUGGAGCUGGCCAUUUUGUACCAGUAGAUCAACCCUGCAUAGCAUUAAACAUGGUGGGGGCAAUCACAGAGUCCCCAGCAGCAGUAAAAAAGACAGAAAUUGAUUUUCUGAUAAAACAAACAAAGCCAUGAGAAGAAAGUUGCUGCAAAUCAUUUUUCUUUUUUUAAAUUUCUUCUUUCUUUAUUUAAAGAAAAAAGAGUUGCCAUUGUUAUUCAAUUAGUUGAGGUUUAUUAAAUUUCAGGAUUUAAAUAAUUUAUAAUGUAUUUUGAGAACUUUAAGUCUUUAUUCAGUAAUAUUAAUUAUUAUAAUAAAUAUUAA